UCACACUGUUUCUCAUGUUUCUCUUGCUCUCAUUUAUUCCAUCAUUGACUGGAUGAACAUCAGGCGAGAAGGGUGAGUGUGUGACAGUUGAGUGUUGGUGUUGUGUUGUCUCACACUGUUUCUCGUGUUUCUCUUGCUCUCAUUUAUUCCAUCAUUCACUGAAUGAACAUCAUUAGCCAAUAGUUCAACGUCAAGUUAAUCAGCCUCAGUCUUCAGGUUCACUUCAGUUAGCAAAACAGGCAAGUCAGCAACUACAGCAACUUGUUGGUCAAAUGGAGAAAGAACAAAGAGAGACAAAGUCAAAACUAGAUGAAGAGAUUGCUGAGAAAAGGCAGCUGAGUCAGGAAGUAGGCCGUGCUCAAGCACAACGUCUAAAUGCUGAAAAGGCUCUUGAAGAGAAGGAAAAACAACUCAGUCAAUAUUGGAAAAUCCUGGAAAUUCGGCAAAAUGAAUUACAACUUGAUGGCAAUAAAUUGGGAUCUGGAUCAUAUGGAGUUGUUCAAGUGGGUCACUGGUGUGAUGUCCCUGUUGCCGUUAAAACGUUUCAUGAGAAUCUGAGGCUUCCUCAACUGGCACCAGUUUUCAAGAAAGAACUGACCGUCUGCAGUCAGUUGCAUCAUCCCAACCUCGUCCCUAUCUAUGGUGGUGUGAUGAAGAAUGAAAUUCCCAUCCAAAUUGUGAUGGAGCUUCUUCAAGGCUCACUUAGUGAUCUAAUGAAGGCAGCACAUGCUUCAAAGAGCUACCAUUGCUAUCUGUCAUUCCGAGAGCAGAUCGACGUAGCUACAGAUACUACUGCUGCCAUUACGUAUAUGCAUCGCCUCCGUCCUCAGGCUUAUGUUCAUUGUGAUAUCCGUACUACCAAUGUAAUGAUCACUCGUGAUAUGGUAGCUAAAGUGGGUGAUCUUGGUGCAAGUCACAUGAUCAACAGUAGCAAGUCUCUAGGUGCUCUGAGUCCUGAAUAUUGUGCACCUGAGAAAGUUCCUCGCAGUGAUGGUAGCUCAACUCGCAGCACACGAGAGUCUGAUGUUUACAGUCUGGGUGUGACCCUGACUGAGUUGUUUACGGGUCUGUCACCAAUUCCUGCAGAGAGGCAAAAUCAAAUACGAAAGAUUAAAAAUCCUGAUCUGUUGGAUAUGUGCUUGCAAAUGACACAUGAUAGACCUGCUGAACGACCAACUGCUGAGAUGGCUUUCACCAUUCUGAUCAACCAAAAGUCAGUUGAUUUAUACAGAUCAAUUGGAGGAAGAAGGACUGUUAAAGGAAACUUGGAAGGCGAGGAUAUGUAUCUUGUUGAUUUCAUGCAUUCCUAACGUGAAAAAACGUGAAAAUGGAGGCAACUACAGAAUUGGACUGCUGCUCUAACAAGCAUUACUAGGGCAAGGGAGGGAGGGAAGGAAUGACGUACAUGUGUUUGUGGGAUAUUGUCGUUAUAUUUUCUUAACUGUCUGCUUUUAGUCGUUGCUUUGUAUGUGUAGUUGUAAGCUGGAAAUGCCUUUGUAGCACAAUACUGUAUGCGAUGGCCAGCAAAUAUCACAAUUGAUUGCAUUUUUACAGCCACU